CUGGCAAGGCACAUCGUCGCACAUCCGCCAGAGUGCGCGGAGCUUGCCGCGUUGCUGGCAGAUUUGUCUGCAUGUCGCGUCGUGUCAGCCGUCUGAUUCGCUGCUGCUAUCAUCAUCGACGUUGCCGUCAUCAUUGUCCGCAUAACGUCCCCGGGUCCCGGGUACGCAAACGCUAAAUUCGGCCGUCACGAGUACGUACGUCGCCAUGGAGCACGUCGGCCUGUUGCUGCAACAUUCGCAAUAUGUGUACGCGAUUCCCGUAGGUAUCGUGCUGAUAUGCGCCAUUCUCGUGUUUGUCUUCGGCUUCAAGAAAGCCGAACAGCCGCCGUUCGCGCAGCUCUCUGCUAGCUCCGACGUCGAUCGGAAGUUCGGCAAGAAACGCACCAAGACUCGCGAGAAGAAAGCUGCUAAUGGACAAGUUGCAUCUGAAAAAACAAGUCCAGCCAAAAAAACAUUAAAUGCAAAACCAGAAGCACCAAAGAAGACAGCAAAGGGAGAUGAUGUUGAUGGAAAAUUGAAGGAACGCAAACACGAAGACAAUAAGAUAUCAGUGACUAAAAAAGAGAAGGAACAGUCUUCAGUUAAGGCUGGUAAGGAGAAUAAAGCAGAGCAAGUAAAGAACAAGAAAAAUUUGAAGAACUUGUUCCAGGAAAAACCUGUGGACUUUGACGAUGGAGAUUGGGAACAAGCUUAUUCACGCAAGGAUAAGAAAAACAAGAAAAAGGAAGAGGAAUCUCCUUCAAAAAAGAACAAGAAAACACCUAAAAAGACUGACUUGAUAAAUGAGGCUAAGCAGAAAGAGCAAGAGAAACCCGAGAUCAAAGAUAAAAUCGCCAAGGAAACAGAGAACAAGGAGCUCAAAGAAAAGGAAAAAAAGGAAGUAAUUCUUACUUCUAUUUCUGACGAAAAAACAGAAAAGGGCAAAGUACAGCAGAAGGACGAACAGAACAAGGUUGAGAAAGUUGAGAAAGUCGAAAAGGAAGAAAAGAAAUCUGGAAAAUCGAAGAAAAACAAGAAAGUUUCUGAAAGUGAAAAUACACCUGCUUCAAUACCGUCUACACCGAAGUUAGAUAACAAGCCUACAGUGGACGAGCCGCCGAAGAAAACAUCUGAUGUAGAAAAAGUGAUCAACAAUGUGGAAGAAAAUGCAGUUGCGGAAAAUAAAGAGAAAACCGCCGUGUUCGACGAAUUGGGAGAUGUCUGGACAGAAGCAAAACCACAGAAAAAAAGUAAAAAAAAGGCUCGUAGAGAUAAUUAAAAAUGAUUAUACUCUUUUAACGACGGUUCUUUGCGAAAAGGAGAGAAAGAGUGAGAAUCCUGCUUGGUCCAAAAGACAUUUGUCGCUUUCGACAAAUCAGGUGUGUUUUUAGUGACUUACUAAUCGUGCGAUUGCGUGACCAAAUCGUUCCUUUCGCUCUUGUAUAUAUAUAUAUGAUACCAGUUUUAACUAGGUUGUUGUCAUUUUAUGACUUUGUGUUAUCCCAAUACUAUACAGAGAUUGCGUGUGUAUUGAUUGUGCGUGAGAGAACGGCAUCACACAUAGAGAACAAGAAUUUUUAUAUGUUCUUCAUUUUUCUUAGUCUACCAUGUUGCAUUUAAUAAGAAUUGUAUGAGUCAUAGUUAUCACAUUUGCUAGACAAUUAUAUAUACAUAUAUAUAUACAUUAGAUUUCUUAGAUAUCUCUUUAUACACACAUGUUUAUAUUGGGGCAUGUUAUCUUGUUUAUAUAAUUAUAUAGGUCUAUGUGUGUAUAAAUGGUGGAUCUUUAUCGCCAAGUUUGUAACUGUUAGAUAUGGUUAUUACUUAUGUCAUUUGUAUCUUUUUUUGUUGAGGAAUCUUGAAAGAAAUAUCCUAUAUAUGAUCGUGCUAUUAUUCCUUAUAUUAAGAAGAAAUUAUUUUGCACGUCAUCUCGGUGUUACUUAAAAACGCUGGUUUUUCAUCUUGUUAAUGUUUUAAUUGUACGUGUAGGAACGGUUGCAAACGUAGAAAGUACAUCUAAUACAUUUCAUAGUUAUAAUCCACAGUAAAGGACAAUCUUUGAGAACUCCUGUAUUGCUGACGUUUUAAAAUUCUUUCCUAAAAGAUAUUAUAUUUUUCUAUAUGAUAGUCGCGUUUAUAUUGGAAAGAAGGAUAUUACUUUUUUUUACGAACACAGAAAGUCGAAGAAGAUUCAUUUCCCAAACGAUUAGCACAGGUUAGCACUUGAUUGAAUAUAUCAAUAAUAUGAGUUUUGCGGAACAAGAUAUUAUUGGCGUUAAUAUAAGUCGUGAAAACGACAACGAAUAACAACAUUGAUAAGACGAAACUUUCUGUUGCGCGCACUUGUGUAGAUAAAUAUUGAACUGAAAAGAAAAAAUUACACGAGAUAUAUUCUAAUGUCAUUCGUAAAUAAUUACUUAUUUGCAUAAUAAUUAUUGCUGUUAUACUUCAUAUCUCCAUGAGAUUUUUAAUGUUUUUUGAUCGCAUAAACAUUUCAAACCAUUAAGCAGUGCUAACCAAAACGGUCAAACAAACGACGCGGUUCAGCUGUUCGUUCCUCAUGCUGUGUAUUAAAUAAAAAAAAAUAAAAAAAAAAAAAAAA